AACAAGCCGACCAAGCCCAGUUCGAAUCUGCCAGCCUCAAUUUAUCUACAUCAAGGUAUCGGGCUCGGAUUCGGGUCGAUCAACUCUUGGCCAGCCCUAAGUUUGAUUUCGGGUAGAAAGAACAAAUUACAGCGCCCUUUCUCUCUGUCUGCGAAACGCAGAAGAUUAAAUGGAUAGCGACAUUGAAGAGUCGCUGAGGAAGAGACAGAGAAAGAAUCCUUUUCUUGGGGAUUCUUCUUCUCGCAAGCAAUUUGAACAGCUUGCGGGACGUCCAUUCGUAAUGGGAGAAGUGAAUUUUAUGCCAGAGGAAGACAUUCGGUUGGAGACAACACGAGCUAGAUUUUCAAAUGUUCUCAAAAGGCAAGGAGAAUUAACAGAGCGUCUUUCUAGGGAUUCUGACAAGAUGAUAUUUGAGCGUCUACAAAAAGAAUUUGAGGCUGCUCGUGCUUCUCAAACGGGAGAGAUUUGUUUAGAUGGUGAAGAAUGGAAUGAUGGGCUAUUAGCAACAAUAAGAGAGCGGGUUCACAUGGAGGCAGACAGAAAGGCACUGCCAGGGGAUGCAAACAUAGCACAAGGUCCUCAUUUUCAGGAAAAAAUUACUUAUAAAGUUGGAAGUAAGGUGAUUUGUUGUUUGGAAGGGGCAAGAAUUGGCAUACAAUAUGAGACGUCUUUCGCGGGAGAACCUUGUGAGAUAUACCACUGUGUGCUUGAAAGCAAAUCUUUUCUUGAAAAGAUGACUGUCCUUGAACACACUGUUCCCUUUUUCUUACCAAUACGAGAAGCAGAAAAUGAUCUUCUUUCUUCCAAUGCCAUGAAAUUUAUAGAUUACGUUGGAGAACUUUUGCAGGCUUAUGUGGAUAGGCGAGAACAGGUUCGGCUUAUCAAGGAGUUGUAUGGAAAUCAAAUUAAAGAAUUGUAUCAUAGCCUUCCAUACCACAUGGUUGAAUUUGUUCUAGAUGAUUCUGAGUGCAAGGUAACAGUAACUCUUAGAUAUGCAGAUCUUGUCUCUGUACUUCCAACUCGAAUCAGCGUGCUUGCUUGGCCAUCCAAGAAAAGUAGUACUAAUGCAGCGACUAUGACCAGGAAGGAAAAUGGAUUGCUGGGAAGUCACCAAAAGCCUGCCCGCUUGUCAUAUGCAGAGGAUGCCUUACGAACAAUGAGCUUACCUGAAGCAUAUGCAGAGAUUGUGUUGAAUCUGCCUCGAGCACUUCAGCAAAUGCUUCAGCAGAGGAGCCCCACUUAGUGAUCCAUGUUUUGGAUCUGUACAAAUAUAUAGCAGAACAGAAAUCGUUCGGGGUUGAUCCAAGUGUUGUGUAAGCAAAAAUGAGACCACUGUUUAUCUUGUUUCUCAGCAUGAAACUUGAAAUCUUUUACCAAAAGCUAAUAUUGGAAAUGAUUUUUGUAAAUAAGAAAAAUUCUUUAUUUUUGUGUCUUGUUCAGAUCAAUUUCAUUUGGACAUCCUAUGGAAGUGACAUCAAUUCAUCUUAGUCUGACCCUGGGGAUGGGAUGGUCCCAUUCUUGGUGGUACAUUGUAUUCAGGUAAUAGUGAAAUGAAAAAGCAUGUUCUCAGCA